GGGAGUUUGGCUUACCAUAGAAGAACGAGGUGGAGUCUAGCCCGGCCAGACGUCAUCCCGGAGUUUGCCCUUCUGAAAGCGCGUUCUGCUCCCAACAGACAACGUUCAGCUCAACGAGCCAUCAAGCACUGCUUGUCGGCACCAAAACAAUGACGCUCGAAGAUUUCGAGAAGUCGCUCGCAGAGAGUAAAGAGCGGCGGGAACACAGGAGCAGCAAGGACAAGGACCGCGAAAGAGACCGCUCGAGGGAACGGCAUCACCGUCAUAAUCACCAUCAUCACCGCCGUCACUCGUCACGGUCGAGAGAAAGGGAGCGCGAUCGCGAUCAUGACCGACACAGACAUCGAGAUGAUGAGGAACGUCAUCGGCACAAACGUUCACGGCAUUCUUCCAGCAACGGCGACAGCCACGAACACAGCCAUAAGCGGAGACAUCGAGGCAGCAGAGAAGAGCUCGAGGAACCUGUUCCGAAACGGGUAGUGCAAGAGGAGCCGACGCGGCUGAAACGAGAUGCUUGGAUGGAAGCUCCGUCGGCUUUGGAUAUCGACUACGUACAACGACAUGACAAGGAUCGCUUACAGGAAGCACCAAAGCCGAAGAUGUUGCAGGCCGAUUUCGAACUCAAAAUCCACGACAGAGAGCUCAAUGAGCACCUCCAAGAUAUCAAUAAUGGAAAAGCGACUGAGGAUAUCGAACAAGAGCCAGCGCCGCAUGAGGUCGAUUACGAGUUUGGCGAUGCUGGCUCCCAAUGGAGAAUGACGAAACUCAAAGCCGUCUACAGAGAAGCGGAAGAAACUGGGAAGCCUGUGGAAGAUAUCGCCGUCGAGCGUUUCGGAGAUCUGCGUUCAUUCGAUGAUGCACGGGAGGAGGAGAUAGAACUGGACCGCCGAGAAAGAUACGGCGAGUCUUACGUCGGAAAGGUGAAGCCCACUGGUGAGCUUUUCCAGGAGAGAAAGCUCGCUCGUGGUAUCCAUAGGGACGAGCAUCAGCAUACCAGAGACCCCGAAAAAGAGCACGAAGCACAAGGUCAGGGCAAACAGAUGGAGACCGAGCCGCCUCUGAGGACUACGCAGCAUCUGGACCUGACUGCCCUGAACAGGCUCAAGGCGCAGAUGAUGAAAGCCAAGCUACGGGGCUCAUCCGACGCAGAAGAACUCGAAAAACGGUAUAACAUAGCGGCCGCCGAUAUGGCCAACCGUAAAGAGGCCGAUGUCGUCGUGCUCGGGGUUGCUGAGAACCCAAUGCUGGCCGGCCAAAGGAAUGAAGUCAAAGCUGUCGAGAACAAAAGAGGUCGUGAGAGGGGCCUAGUGGUGGAGAAUGAAGAUAUGACUAUUGACGAUAUGGUGCGGGAGGAGCGACGAACGCGUGGACAGGCUGGUGGUGAGGGCAUGCGACUCGCAGAGCGAAUCGCCAAAGACGCCAAAUUUGAUAAUGACCUGGAAUAUAUGGAUGAAAAUGCGGCAAAACUGGCAAGGAGGGUGCAGAAGUCCGAAAUCAACCUGAAGAACAUGGCCAUCAACGAAUUCCAGAAGAUGAACCGCAUCCUUGACAGCUGCGCUCUGUGCCACCAUGAAGACACCAACACACCUCCUAUCGCUCCUGUAGUAUCUCUAGCAACACGCACUUAUCUUACGCUCCCCACGGAGCCUGAGCUCAGCGAGGGAAGUGCCACCAUAGUGCCCAUUCAGCAUCGCACAAAUCUGCUGGAAUGCGACGACGAUGAGUGGGAAGAGAUCCGAAAUUUCAUGAAGAGCCUGACUCGGAUGUAUCACGACCAAGGGCGCGACGUUAUCUUUUACGAGAAUGCCGCACAACCUCAACGUAAGCGACAUGCAGCGAUGGAAGCGGUCCCGCUCCCAUAUAGUCUUGGAGAAACAUCCCCAGCCUUCUUCAAGGAGGCAAUUCUACAAGCCGACUCGGAAUGGACGCAACACCGCAAGCUGAUCGACACUCGCGCGAAAGCGAGAGAGGGACUAGGGAAACUGGCCUUCCGACGCUCGAUCGCAAAGGAGAUGCCCUACUUCCACGUCUGGUUCGAUUUGGACGGCGGACUCGGCCAUAUCGUCGAGCACGAGCAUCGCUGGCCACGCGGAGAUCUCUUCGCUCGGGAAACAAUCGGAGGCAUGCUCGACUUGGAACCAGACGUUAUAAAGCGGCAAGGACGGUGGUCCAGGGGCGGUGACAGACGUGUGGACGGCUUCCGGAAACGCUGGAGGAAGUUCGACUGGACACGGGUGUUGGUAGAAGGAUGAAGUUUCUCCAACCACUGAGCGUGCAUGGAAAAGUAGGACAAGUCAAAAAAAUGUAUUAUAUACGAUUUUUGAGGGCGAAGGAUGACUGCGUCUUUCUAUCUGUUCUAUAUGUAAUCAGCAUAUUGUUUUAAGGGUCAGCUUAAAUAAGCUCGCCUGUAUUU